AUGCAAAGUAGGCUCGAGCUGGAGGGGCGAGGCGUGUUGCUGCUGCAAGCUGCCAUACAAAGCGACACUAGGGGCGACUAUGCCAAGGCCGUGGAGCAGUACGAAGCCGCCCUCCAGUGCCUCGUCGAGCUCACCCUCCUCUAUUCUUCAGAAUCGGAGAAAGCGCUGAAGCAGGGGCUGCGCACGAAGAUGACAGAGGUGGCCGACCGUGCGGAGACGCUGCGAACGUUCCUCCGGGAGCAAGAAGCCCGGGAGAAGGAGGCCGAGAAGAAGGAAGCAAAGGAUCUGCGGGAGUGUGAGGAGGUGUUGCAGAUCGAAGGUGUACAGUGUCUUCAUAUUCAUGCGGGGGAACAGGAGGAAGUUGGGAGGGGAACGCUACGCAUACUCAAGGUCCCCAUAGCCGACAGCGAGAUGCGCUCACACAAGCAUUUGUUCCGCUCGUUUGAAGCGGAGCAGGUGAACGGGGAGGAGGUGGUGCGGCUCACGUUCCUCGCCCUGGGUGAGUGCCAGCUUCCGCUCAUCCCGGGCCUGCCCUGCCUCCGCACCACGCCGCUCUCCUUCCUUCUGCCCAUGCAGCAGGAGGGUCACUACGUCGCCUAUAUUUUUCCCAACAAUAUUCCUCCGAUCUACAUCGACGUGUUCGAGCGAAAGAUGCGCGAGGUGUGCGAGGUGAAGCACUCGUACGGCGACGCGACCCACGCCGACGACCUCCACCGCCAGGAUUCGGCAGCGCAGCAGCCCUAUUCGGUGGAGGAGGUGGAAGAGGAGGAGGAGGAGGACGGCAGCGAAGGUGAGGGGAGUGUGGAGGAAGGGGCGAAGGAAAAGACGAGCGCGCAGGACAAGAAGGUGGUGGUGGUGGACAGGACCGACGUGAAGAUCACCAGCGACGAUGGCGAGUCGUGGCAGGUCACCAACGAGGUCGUCACCUUCAGCUCCAACGCCGAGGGCGCCAUCGUUCCCUACAAGCCGUUCGACGCGCGAACGGCGAGCUAUUUGGAUUAUGUCGCGUCCGCCAUCGACACGGGCAGUGCCUACCUCAGUGAGCGACUCGAGAAGGGCAGCGAGGUCUUUGCGCAUCGGCUGGCCGAGACGGUGCAGCAGGCCAAGGAGUCCGGCUGGCUGACCCCCAACGAGGAGGAAAUGAAGGUCAACCCGCUCGUCAAGGGCACCAUCUACUACGGCAGCCGCGUGUCUCCCAUCGCCGUCACAGCCUCCGGAGCGGUGGUGAACGGGCUCGUCUACGCCGCCGAGGGCUUGGGCAAGCUCGUGGGCAAGGGCGUGGCCAAGGCAGUCCCGUCGGGCGGAGACGGUGGUGGCUAUGCGCCCGUCAAGUCAGCGAUGGGUGUUGGCGGUUCGACCGUGCGAGGCGUGGUUACGGUCUGGGAGGCGCUGGAGAACGCCGGCAAAACGGUGCUGACGGCAUCGAGCGGAGCCACGGUGACUGUGGUCCAGCACAAGUACGGCUCGGAAGCCGCCGAGGUUGUGGGCCAGAGCUUCGCGGUCGGCGCUGACGUCUUCCAGACCGUCAGCAACGUCCGAUCGCUCGGUGUGAAGAAGCUCGCCAAGAGGGCCGCCAAGAAGAGCACCAUCAGCGCUGCGCGAACGGUGGUCACUAUCAAAACCGACGAAUCGGGCAAGCCGCUGGCCAUCGAAGACGUGAAGCAGAGGCCCGUGCCCACCAUCGAGUUCCCCAUGCCCGAGGAAGCUUCGUCUCCAUCGCCGUCGCCGGGAGGCCAACAGCUGUUGCUGGAGGGGCGACAGCCGUACACACCACUCGUCACCAUCGAGGAAGUGGACCACCGCACGGAGGAUCACAAGCACGCACAAACUCCCUUGUAA